AUGCUUGACUUCACUGGGGGAGUUGAUGCCAUGGAUGUGGAAGCCAACGUUUUAUGUUUGUUUUGUUUAAUAGAAGAAGUGGAGGAUGUGGCUCCUGAGAAGCCUGCAGAAAAUAGUGAAGUACCUCUUGACCUUCCACCUCAGCCCAUCCAAAGGCGAAUUCCCCGUCCUGGCAGUGCAAGACCAGCACCACCCAGAGUGAAACGUCCAGAAAGCGCUGAGCUCUUACCUCCAGAAAGGAGUGGUAGUGGUAAAACAGUCUCAAACGUCAUCAUAGACCAGCAGAUUUCUGAUGAUGAUGAUGACCAGUUUGUGGUGGAGGCAGCACUGCCACUGCCCGAAGUGCCACAUAUGGAAAUGGAGCCAGAAGUGGAGCUGGUUGAGGAUCAAAAGCAUGGUGGGCUUGUAAAAAGACUCCUGGAAACAAAGAAGGAUUAUGAAGCAUCACAGAUAUCCUCAAAGACGACAGAGAGGGAGAAGCCCUUUGUGUCAGAAGCAGCCAGGAAAAGAGAGAGAGACUUGGUAGCCAAAGAAAUUGAGAAGUUUCAGGUCUCUAUUCAGACUCUGUGCAGGAGUGCUCUGACGCUUGGCAGGAUCAUGGAUUACAUCCAGGAAGAUAUGGAUGCCAUGAAGAACGAGUUGCAGAUGUGGCGGCAGGAGAACAGGCAGCACGCAGAAACUCUACAGAAGGAGCAGAGCAUCACAGACAGCGCUGUUGAACCAUUAAAAGCUGAUCUGGCUGAACUGGACCAGUUGAUUAAAGACCAGCAAGACAAGAUAUGUGCUGUAAAAGCUAAUAUUAUAAAGAAUGAAGAGAAAAUCCGGAGGAUGGUUCUUAACAUAAACCUGUCUUCCAAAAGGUGAAGAACUGGAAUUGACUGACAUUGCUACCAAAUAAAAACCAAAUAGCAGAAAAAAUGAAGAUAUCUGUUGUUGAGAUAUAAAAUGUUUAGGGACCCAAAGCCUAAAACUUGUAUAAAAGCCCAUUAUUGCAUUGAUCUUUAGAAGUUGAUAUUACUUGGGAUAGAAUGAUAUUCAUUUGAAUGCUCAAGUUGUAGAGCUAUUAAAAUAACUUGUUUGUUUAAA